ACCGCGCCGAAUACAUCUCCGAGCAGCGGCCUUGCCGUGUCGAGCCAAAUGAGUCUCAUUGUUACCGUUGCGCAUAUACUAGUACAUCGAUCGCUGCCGAAUCACCUUGCCCACUCCCGCGAUCGCUUUCCUGUCGCCACUCCCAAUGGCUCAGAACGUUCCUGCUCCGAACCCCGCCGUGAACGGUGCCCCCGGUCCCGUCACUCUUCCCGCAUCUAUUGAUGAACAGAAGGCGGCAAUUGAUUAUGCUGAACUGCUUGCGAAAAAGGUUCUCUAUGCACAGGAUGGCGUAACUGUUGACCAGUUCCUGGCAGGCUUAGAGUACAUGUAUCAUGUACUCUGCGGGCGUGACGAGCGGCCAGCUGAGCGAGUGGAAUUCCUUCCUCAAUACAUCGGGGCGCCCGUCUACGCGCAGGCCCUUAUGGCAUCGGUCCUCAGAGGAAUCGAAGAGUAUCACGCGACGUACAAGAACCCUAUAGCUGAGCUGGAGAAAACCCUGCUGAAAUGUCACACGCAAUCCGCUAGGACGUUCAAUCGUCUGGCUGGUGAUCUACACCCAUUCGAGGAAAUCCCAUUCACGGAUGGUCAGAUACCGUCCCAGUUACCGAAUUAUCCACCUCUUACCAACCUCGCGUCUAUCUUAGCGCUCACACCAGCGCAGAAGAGAAACUACUUGAAAGGAUGGGGAUUACCAGCCACUGGGACCAACAACGACAAGAUAGAACGUAUCAAGACUGCUGUUGGUUAUCGCGGGUGAUUAUAAUAAGAAGAUACGCGCUGUACAUAGUCUUGCCUUCAAUAUCAUGGCCUUCGAGGUCUACGCAACGUGUUCUCUGUAUUCAA